AUGCCCAGUACUUUAGUAGCUCUCAUAGAGGGGGCAUGUAGUCCUGCGCGUUAUGAACCAGAGUUAAGUCUCAAUCUCGAGAUUUGUGAGAUGAUAAAUAAAAAACAAGGCAGCGCUCCGCGCGAAGCAGCAUUUACUAUUGUGAAACUCAUCAACAGUAGAAAUAUGAAUCAAGCCAUGUUGGCACUCACUUUACUGGACAAUUGUGUUAAAAAUUGUGGAUAUCCUUUCCACUUACAAAUUGCCACCAAGGAAUUCUUAAAUGAGUUGGUUCGUAAAUUUCCAGAACGCCCAGCUCCUUUUCCCAGCCCUGUGACACAACGUAUUUUGUAUUUAAUCAAAGAAUGGAAAGUCGCAUUAACAGACAUGUCUAAGCAUAAAGAUGAUCUAGUACAUAUUAAAGACAUGUAUCGUUUGUUGAGAUUCAAAGGAUAUCGAUUUCCAGAAUUGAGAGACGCUUCUGUUGCUGCUUUGGCUCCUUCUGAGACCUUAAAGUCAGCUCAUGAGUUGGAAGAAGAAGAUAGACUCGCACAAUCAGCUAAAUUGCAAGAGUUGAUUCGCCGUGGCAGGCCUCAGGAUUUAGUAGAAGCAAACAGACUGAUGAAGAUCAUGUCAGGAUAUGAUACACGUCAGACUCCUGAUUAUAGUCAAAAGUUUGAAGACGAGCUAUCGAAAAUACAAGACAAAACAAUUUUACUGUACGAAAUGCUCGAAACAGUUCAGCCCGGCGAAAAGGUGGAGAAGAACGAAACAAUCAUGGAUCUGAAAAAUGCCUGUGCCAGUGCACAACCCAAAAUACAAAAGAUGAUUACAGAAGAAGAGGAUAAUGACAGGAUUGAAAAUCUAUUGACAUUGAAUGAUAUGAUUAAUAAUGUUAUGGCCAAGUUCGCAGAUGUCAAGAAAGGGUUGUACGAUACACACUAUGAAAUUAGUGGAAAGGGACCUUCACAAAACACGGCAGGCGUAGGAGAAGAACCUAAACAGGCCAUCAGUUUGAUUGAUCUCGAUGACGAUACGACAACAUCAUCUCCAAGCAAUCAAGCCACGAGCACGAGUAGCACUGUCAACGACCUGGCUGAUAUAUUUGGGGCUACAGUUCAGAUUUCUUCUACACCUACGACACCUACCUUAGCGUCGAAUCAAACGGCAACUUCAUCCAAUAACAAUUUUGCUGGAACGUCAAAGCAGGAUAUACUUGACCUUUUCGGUAACACGAGUGCUACUACGAAUGGUAACAGUAGCAGUAAUAAUUUAUCACCCGUUAUUCCUUCCUCUAUAUCCAACACUGCUACUGCUACAUCCUCUCCAAUUUUUGCAUCUCUUUCACCUCAGUUCCAACAACAGCCAUCGCCUUCUUUUGCAUUAUCUCAGCAGCCGUCUCAACAGCCAAUCUCAGCAGCACCAACAGGAGUAGAAGAAAAACAAAAUUUGAUUACUUUGGUCAAUCAAAACGGCCUCAAGAUUGAAUUACUUAUAAAGGAUCGUAAUAGUCCUAUUUGUAAAAUCAAGGCUUUUUAUUCCAAUCAAUCCUCAGCUCCUAUGGAGAAACUCAUGUUGAGAUUAGCAGCACCAAAGUCAAUGCAAAUCAAUAUGGAACCUCAAUCUUCACAAACAUUACCACCGAAAUCAACCCAUUCUGUCACUCAAAAUAUGACUCUCAACAAUCCAAAACAGGAACCUGUAAGAUUAAGAUACAAAGUAACUUACGAACAAUUUGAUGUUGAAAUGGAAUUGACGGGUGACUAUAAAUAG